GUGUUUCAUGAAAAACUGUCCCCCUGUAAACAACGCUCUGCGAAUUUAACUUCCCGUUCACUUGCAAUUUGUUUUUUUGGCUUUUUAAGGUCACGAUUGUGUGGAGAAACAUUAUCAAUCAUUACUUCCGUCUUUUUCCCCCCACCAUUUUUAGGGGGUACCUACUUGUGCUACAUAGAUAGAUUUUAUAAAGUGACAGUUUAUGUUAGCUGUACUUGGCUAGCGACUUAUCGGGAGGAUGAACAGCGUAGGGGAAGGCUGCACGGAGCUCAAGCGUGAGUACGACCAGUGCUUCAACCGCUGGUUCGCAGAGAAGUUUCUGAAAGGAGAGCGGGACGGCGACCCUUGUACGGAGAUGUUUAAGAAAUACCAGCUCUGUGUCCAUAAGGCCAUCAGGGAUAAAGAUAUUCCAAUUGAUGUGGAAUUCAUGGGACCGAACAAGGAGAAACCGGAGUGCUGAUGUGGAUAAUGAACGUUGAAUAUUAAUGUUACACUUCAAUCUCAUCUUCAUAUACUUUUCUUUAAGGAGGCGUCAGAAUGAGAAUUAACAUGACCUGACUGAUGUGUUGUAAUCACUCUUCACGGGGCAAGUGAAAGUCUAAUACAAGGAUUUACAAGUUCAGAUGAAAAACAUGGGUUAUGGAUUAAUUUAAUUGUAUGGAAGAAUUUCCUUUAUGUAUUUUUUUCGUUUUUUAUUGAUUAUUAUAGGAGGAGCCAUCCCACUUGCUUCAACCAAGUUGUUUGUUAAACUGUUUUGAUUGUUCUCUUUGUAUUGCAUAAAUUGUCAUGCAAGAAACAGGUAGAAAGGCAUCUUAAAGUAUACCUUACUUUAAUACACAGUUGUACAGUGUAUGAUUGUGUAUAUGACAAAUUAAACUUAAAACUUGAGGAA